ACUUCCGAUAACCCCACCCCGCUUCAUCCGCUGGUUCCAUCUCACGUCGUGGUCUAUCUCCUCAAUCGCCGCCGAAAUCACCAGCCCCCCUUCCCAAAAUCCAUCACGGGAUGUCCUCGCAGCCAACUGUACAUCUGCUCCCAUCUACCCCGCCGCCCCGUCAAACCCCACGGUGGAUUCAGAUCCGACAUUCCGGACUGGCGGGGAAGGCAGGUAUUGCGGCAAAGCGACAACGAUGAUGAGGAGGAAGACCCUGGGGCCAUGCGACGGGAGCAAGUCACAUAGCCGCUUCCUGACCAGCGGGAGACGCCGCAAUGGCUGCGAGGAGGAGGUUGCUCAGCGGGAGUGACGAGUCUCCCGUGGUAGCCGGGGCCGCUGCUGAUUCAGACAAGGCGAGUAAAAGGGAUGCAGGCCAUGCCAGGGCCUCGCAGGAGGCGUCCGCCAUCGUACAACAUGCAUGGAGAUGAGGUGGCGGCUCGAGCUGCAGCGGGCGCAGCCAUACGAGCUCGUCGUCGGGAGGAGGGAGGCCGCCGAGGGCAUCUAGCGGCAAAAGGAGCAGCUCUCUAGGGCUCUUGCCGCGCUGCACAACUACAAAUACAGAAUCCGAGGAGGGGGUAUCUGGAGAGAAGGCACAGCUUGGACAUCUGGAGAGGCUGCUUAGGACGAGGCAGUAUUGUAUCCAGAUCCUGCCGAGUUGGACAUGCUGCACACGUUUUAGCGACAUAGCAGAUUUCCAUUCCUGAAGAUCACAGGUGCUUUGUGUCUUAUAUUUUUUAAAACAAUAAAAAAUAUGUAGUAGAUGCAACUGCAGACCUAGGAUUUAGUUCAUGUCGUGCUUUGUGGGUAUGCCUAGGAUAAGAUGGUACUGGUCAAGAUGUAUGUUGAUCUUAGCCGCUUCUUAUGGACACAUGAGAACUUAUCUCUUUUUUCAUUUCUUAAAGCUUGUAUUUGUUUCUUUUUCGAGAAACGUAUGUGCAUAAAUUGAUAUCAGAACUAUCAAAGUUUAAGAUGUGGGAAUUAUAUAUAUUUCCGACUAUAUUCAACUUUUUUGAAAAAAAUAUUUUGUCCCGUUGCAACGCACGGUCAUUGAGCUAGUACUAAUAAACUUUCCGAUGAACCAUCCCUAUCGUGAUGACAAAGCACCAUGCAAAGGCGAAGGCAAAGGCAGCCAAUCGAGUAUGCACAACAGUUAUGGUACGGCGAAGGGCGAACAAAGCGAAUGUAAACGCAAGCACAAGAGAGAGGCCACAAGUGGCGGUGUGGAAGCCUUCCCAGGUCACCAGCUGCCACACGGCUACGGCUGCGGCUGCUAUAAAACCACACCGAGAGUCCGAGACGCCGCCACCAACAAACAAACAGAAGCCACGCCGGAGUCUCGUACCGCAAACGUCGGAGGCAGGAAGCAUCGUCCGCCGUCUCUUCCCGGAGAUGGCCGCCGUGGUGGUGCUGUUCGACUUCGACAAGACCAUCAUCCAGUGGGACAGCGACGACUGGGUCAUCACCAAGCUCGGGGCCGCCGACGCCUUCAACCGCCUGCGCCCCACCAUGCGCUGGAACUCGCUCAUGGACAGGAUGAUGGGGGAGCUCCACGCGCAGGGGAGGUCGGCCGACGACAUCCGCGUGUGCCUCAGGAGCGCGCCUCUCGACGCGCACGUCCUCUCCGCCAUCCGGACGGCGUCGGCAUUAGGGUGUGAUUUGAAGGUGGUGAGCGACGCCAACUCCUUCUUCAUCGAGACCGUCCUGGAGCACCACGGCGUCCUCGGCUGCUUCUCUGAGAUCAACACCAACCCCGCGCGCGUGGACGCCCAAGGGAGGCUCAGGAUCUCGCCGUUCCAUGAUCCCACGACCUCGCCCCAUGGCUGCAACCUGUGCCCUGACAACAUGUGCAAGGGCAAGAUAAUCCAGAGGAUUCAAGAGACAGACAGUGCCAAGAACAAGCACUUCAUAUACAUCGGUGACGGGAAGGGGGAUUACUGCCCCUCUCUUAAGCUAGGGGAAGGGGACUAUGUCAUGCCAAAGGAGAAUUACCCCCUCUGGAAUCUCAUCAGCAGCGAUCCCCAGCUUAUCAAAGCUGAGGUUCAUCCAUGGUCUAGUGGCGAGGAAUUCGAAAGGAUCCUACUUAAGCUGGUGAACAAGCUGAUCACCUCGCAUGCACAGGGGUCCCAAUUGGACUACAAAUGCGACAUGAGCAAUCCAGUAUCAACGGAAGUGGGUCACCAUCAGACUCUCCCUGUCCCAAAUUGAUCCGUAACCAUAUCUUAGCUCACGGUACAGGCAAGAUUUCGUGACCAUUUUCACAUGCCUCACCAAGGAACUGUCCUCGAUCAGAAUUCAUCCUAGUAUAUGAUGUAACAAAUAAUUGCACCGACCAUGUCGGUGGAUUUUCUGCACAUUGUGUCUCUUAUAAAACUGCAGGAUAGCAUAUGCGAUUAAAUUUAGAAUCAAGACUUGCCCAUCAAACUCUACAGGCAAGUUCAGGGACCAAACAGCAUGUUUAAAUGAGAUAAAACAGUCAACAGUGUAACAGAGUGGUAGUGAUCUGCUAAUGCAGGUGUGGCAUUUUCAGUAAUCGUAUUUAUAAACAGGAUUUACCUUA